GCUGUCGGACCUGUUGUCCCCCUGCACUUCCGGGCUGCUGGGGAGGGGGACGGCGGCGUCUCUCCUCCCUCUUCCCCAGCCACCUGUCUCGUAGCAGAAGCAGCAGUGCCUGCGGCGCCGAGCGGAGCUGGAAACUUCAGGCCACGCCCUCGAAAUGCUCCGCGCCAGCCUUUGAACUUCGAGGCCCCGCCUACCGUGUGUGCUGGACUCUAGGCCACGCCCCGCCCCGCCGGGUCACGCCCCCGAGCUCCAGACCACGCCCACGCGCAGCAGCCCUCAGCGAUCAUGGGGACUCCGAGCAGAACGGACGAAGAAUCUCCGUCGCCGCGGGUCUCGGGAUGCGACUCAGAGGUUCAGCCCCAAGGGGCUGCUCAGAUGCAGGGGUGCCCCGAGAAGCCCCGCGAGCAGGAGGCUCCUGAGGCUCCAGAAGAGCUUCCGAGCGGCCGAGAAGCUGAGCAGCUGCAGACCGAGGAAGAGGAAGAAGGAGGAGAAGGCAGCAGCACGGAGAGCACUCGCGAGGAGCCCGAGGCCACGCCCCCGGCACCGAUGUCGGCCACGCCCCCUGCUCCCAUCCCUGCGGGGAAAGGGAUGCGGGAGGCUGCGCGGCGGCUGCGAGGGCUGCAGCUGGAGGCCCUGACGCGCGUGGCCCUGAUGGAGCAGCGCGUGAAGGAGCUGCAGCGCCAGAAGAAGGAGCUGAAGAUCGAGGUGGAGGUGGAGGUGGCCCUGCGGCAGGCCGAGCUGGCUGGGGAGCGAGUGGCGGCCCGGCGGGAGGAAGAGCAGCUCCGGGAGCUGCUGGGACGGCGCACGGACGCGGAGAAGGGCCGCGAGCAGCGGGAGCAGGAACAGCGGCGACUGUGCCAGGAGCGAAAACGGGUGGAAUGUCUUCGCCAGAGACUCAGAGAGGCCCAAGCACAGCUCGACUCGCAGCCGGAGGACCAGCACGAGCGGCUUCUGCAGCAGGUGCAGGAGCUAAGAGAACAACUGGAAGUGGCCCAGCGGGCCUAUGAGGACCUGGAAUUCCAGCAGUUGGAGCGCGAGAGCCGGCAGGAGGAGGAGGAUCUAGAGAACCCUGGGGCGCAGGCACCAGACCCCAAGGUCCUGGAGCUUCAGACCAGCGUGGCCCAGCACAAGCACCGCAUCCAGGUCUUGGAGGAGCAGCUCAAAUCCCUGAAGGUGCAGAUGGCUGCUGAGACCUGGGGCCUGAGCCAGAAGAAGGAGGACGCCCGGCAGGCGCUGGCGCAGGAACGGAGUCGGCUGCUCGAGCUUAGUCGCCUUCAGGGGACACUUAGCGGGGAUUUCUCUGAGUCUAAGCAAGCCCGCACCAAGCUGCUGUUCACCCAGAAGACAGACCGCCAGCUGGUGGUGCUGCAGGACCCCGCUGACGCCCGCUCGGCUGCGGCCUCCACCUCUUCCUGCCUCUUUUCGGUGCACAGUUCUCUGCAGGGCUCCAUCGGGCUUCAGAGGACCGGAAGUCUAUCCAGGAAACGGGGCGAGAGGGCGAGCCAGAGGGGAUCGGCGCGGCCUUUGUCUCUCCACUGUACUGGAGCCCUUGAGGCCUCGGCUCUUGCAUCAGCAGUGGGGGCCUCUGGAAGACACCCCCUCUAUCAGCUGCUAAACUGUGGCCCUGGCAAUGGCUGCCAGGUCCUGAACCCAGACAUCGCCCACAUGGAGCAGCUCCUGCAGCAGGCUGUGGCCGAAAGGGAGCGGCUGCGCAAGGCCAGGGAAGGGCAGAAAAGGACCACGGAGGGCUCGCCAGGCCCAGCUGUUCCUGCCAUCACGGCCCCGCCCGCGCCCACUCCCCCGCCCGCGCCCCCGCCCCGCCCACCUGGCCCGCGAGCGCUAGAUCUCCGGCAGCAUUUGGAGCGCUGCGGCCACAGCCCGGAAAGCUGCCCACACGUGCGAGUGUCAGGGGGCUGCUGUCGCGGGCCUCUGGUGAAGAUGGGCGGCCGCAUCAAGACCUGGAGGAAGCGAUGGUUCUGCUUUGACUGCCAGGCCCGCCGUCUGGCCUACUACGCAGACAGCGAACAGACCAAGCUCAAAGGUGUCAUCUACUUCCAGGCCAUUGAGGAAGUCUAUUAUGACCACUUACGCUGUGCCUUCAAGAGCCCCAACCCCCGCCUGACAUUCUGUGUCAAAACCUACGAACGCCUUUUCUACAUGGUGGCCCCGAGCCCCGAAGCCAUGUGCAUUUGGAUGGACGUCAUUGUGACUGCUGCGGAUGAGAACCACGCCCCUUGAGUGGCCCCGCCCCACACGCGCGCGCAGCUUUUCUAGGCCCCGCCCACUGCCAGUUAAACCCGCAACGCCCCUUUAGAACCCUCCCUGGGAAUUCUGCAGGUGUAGUGCUCAGCUGGUCUGAGCGUAAGGGGCUGCAGGUGCCUUUUUCCCACCCGCAGGGAUUACCAGAUGCACUGCCUGGGGCAGGAGGAGGACUGCGGGAUGGGGGGUUUUGGAACUAUUUAUUGGUGCUCCUGUGAUACUGAAUUAAACACAGUGGAAAAUUGGAUUGUUGUUUCCGGCCCAAGUGUGUGUGUGUGGGGGAGCUCAGCCCCCACGCAGGCUGUCUGAGCUGAGGUACUUCUGAGAGCUAUGUGCUCUACAGGCGUUUCUCUGUUUAGGGAUGCAGACCUUCGAUAUUAAGGUCACUGUCUGAAAAGGGGUUGGAGGCAUGUCCUUUGUGGGAUUUUUGGUGGUGCUGACAGUGGCCUGAUUGGACCUUUGGCAAUUUCUGUACAAGUUCUCUCCCACCAGAUCUUCCCGCGUGUUUUCCCCUCUACCUUUCUCUUUCUUUAACUGAUUCCUCAUUUUUUAGGUCUUGGUUCGGUAUGCCCCUUCCUCCAGGAAGUCCUGGCCUCCCGGGUCAGGCACCUCCUCUGAUGCUCCCCAUCCUAUCCCAGAACACCCUGGCUUAUCACAUGCCGGCUCUGUGUGCCAUAUACACUUGAGUGGUCCCGGAGGACAGCCAGGACAUCCCUGGUGAACUCUGAGCCUCCUGGUACCAUAGGGCAAGUCUAAUUCCAUGAAAGUGGUGAAAGAAAAGCAUCCUGACCCCUCUGGAUUUCUGUAAUGAGGUUUGUUUAGGCACCUUGCCACACUUAGCACCUCUACCCUGUGUUAGUACGCUUCUUUCUCCAGGAAGUCCUCCCGGACUGUUCUGGCUGAAUCAGGGGUUUCCUCUGGGCUUUCCACGCCCGCCCUAAGCACUCUGCCUGAGCCUCCCCGUCACAGCCUGAUGACUACCCUGAGUGUCCCCAUCCUGCCCCUGACUGCCCCAGGCCAUUCGCCACUGAUGAGUCUGCCCCUCCCUCUGGGAGCUCCAGGAAGUGGGACUGGGGGUGACUUGGUCACUAACGAGGCCUUGGAACAAAAGAAGGCCUCACAUUGUGUACCGUAGGUACUGAGGUAGUGUCUAAGGGUUGAAGGAGUUAGCAAGGAAGUGAUGCUGGAGAUGGGAAUCAUGAAUGGGGCAGACCUAUGGUUGGGGAGAUAGCUCAGUGGGCUAAGUGCCCGCCCU